AUCCAGUACUGAUCCGUUAAUGCUCUAAUCAGACUCAGUCACUAAUCAAACCCCAGGCUUUACAGGCCUCACCUGCAGGAGAUCAUUCAACCCGGCGGAGUUCAGCUGAACAGGGAGUGAGGUCUGUUUUCUCUCACUGGAUAAAGAAAGUCGCCCAGAAAACACACAUGCAGUUGUCUCAGCGUUCUCUAAAGAAUGCGGAGACAUAUACGUCGACUCCCAGUGCUGUCCAAGCUCAUCCUGUCAGUUUUGUUACUUUUCCUGACUCUGUUAAUUGCACUGCAGAAGAAUUUAGGGAGCUGGACAUCAUCUGAGGAAAGCCCAGAGAGCCUGUCUCUAAAACGAAGAGAGGUUAUUACAGCUCCUGGAUCAGCUGACCAGUUACGGUUUCAAAUUAGAGCCCCCUUCCCGCAAUGGCCAGCCAUCUCCUCAGUGUCUGCAGAUCAAAGCUGCCCUUCUGGAUACCACAGCCCUGAUGAGCUUAAACCUCAUUUUGUGAGACCAGUGGAGGACCCUGAUGGUCCUGGAGCUGAUGGUCGAGAGUUCAUUCCCGACAAGAUGAGUCCGGCUGAGAUUACAGAGAAGGAAGAAGGAUUGUCUAAGAACUUUUUCAACCAGUUUGCCAGUGACCGCAUCUCUGUGCACCGCAGUCUGGGCAAUGACACCCGUCAUCCUGAGUGUGUCGAGCAGAAGUUUCUCCGCUGCCCACGAUUACCAGACACCAGUGUGAUCAUUGUGUUCCAUAAUGAAGCAUGGUCCACUCUGCUGCGUACCGUCUACAGCGUCCUGCACACCUCUCCUGCCGUCCUGCUGCGUGAGAUCAUCCUGGUGGACGAUGCCAGUACACAAGAUCAUCUGAAGUCUCCACUGGAGCUGCACAUGCAGGCUCUGAAGAUCGUGCAAGUUCUGCGGCAGAAGGAAAGGAAAGGUCUGGUUCCGGCUCGGCUGCUGGGAGCUCAGGAGGCUAAGGGAGAAGUGCUUACUUUCUUGGACUCCCACUGUGAAUGUUUCAGCGGCUGGUUGGAGCCUCUUCUAUCUCAGUUACUACAACAGCCCACUGCUGUUGUUAGUCCUGUAAUCGUCGUUAUUGAUUCAAAUACUCUAAAAUUCACCAAACCCCACCCCAGCAUCCCAACCAGAAGCCGUGGGAACUUUGACUGGGGACUGAGCUUCGGCUGGGAGAAUAUCCCAGAACCCGAGAGGUUAAAACGGAAGGAUGAGACUUAUCCUGUAAAGACUCCAACUUUUGCUGGGGGCCUGUUCUCCAUCUUCAAGAACUUCUUUGAGCACAUUGGGCGAUAUGAUGACCAGAUGGAGAUUUGGGGUGGAGAGAACAUAGAAAUGUCUUUCAGGGUGUGGAUGUGUGGGGGUCAGCUGCUGGUUGUGCCCUGCUCUGUGGUGGGUCAUAUUUUCCGUAGCAGGACACCUCACACCUUCCCCAAGGGUUUAGAAACGAUUGUACGGAAUCAGGUGCGGGUGGCGGAGGUCUGGAUGGAUGACUACAAGAACGUGUUUUACCGCCGGAACAAGAAAGCUGCUUCAAUUGCACUCAAUAAUACCUAUGGUGACAUCUCUGCACGUCUGGAGCUCAGGGAAGAGCUACAGUGUAAAAACUUCUCCUGGUACCUGAAGAACGUUUACCCAGAGGCCUUUUUACCAGAACUUGCCCCAGCCCUGUUUGGUUCGCUGAAGAAUGUGGGCUCAAACACCUGCCUUGAUAUUGGUGAGAAGAAGCCGCUGAGGAAGGCUGUGAUUCUAUACCUGUGCCAUGGUAUGGGUGGCAAUCAGCAUUUUGAAUACACAAGUCGUCAGGAGCUGCGUCACAACACUGCGCUGCAGCUGUGUCUGCAUGCAACGAUUGCACCGGAGCCUGUCCGCAUUGAGCUGUGCAACUACAGGGGUGGCAGCACUGUGCCAGCGCCACAGCAGCAGUGGAGCUUAAAGCUCCUCUCACCACAGUGUUGUCUCCUGGAGUGUGAGGUGUUUAAGAAAUGUCUAACAGUAGAGGGUGGUAAAGCUGUGAUGAAGAACUGCAAUCCUGCUGACAAAUACCAACACUGGACAUUCAGCUGACCAGUAUCGGAGUCUGGUUCUGAGUUUGUUAAAAUGAGAAAUUAUGUUAAUGGAUUGAUUUUGUAAUGAGCUACGAUUUGUGCUGUCCUGUGGAUUUGUUGUGAUCAUCCUGUUUACUGCUGUAUGUCUAGUUCAAAGAUAAAGUUAUUUUUUGCAAAACA